CAGGCAGUGAGCCUCUCAGUCAUUGUGGGCCCUGAGGAAGCCUAAGGUCUUCUCCUCCUUCGCAGGAUGAUGCUGUUGAAGAAAGGGAGGCUGCUGAUGUUCCUGGGUUCCCAGGUGAUCGUUGCAGCUCUCUUCGUCCAUAUGUCCGUCCACAGACCCCUUUCCCAGAGGGAGGAGUCCAGGAGGCCCGUGCAUGUGCUGGUGCUGUCUUCCUGGCGGUCGGGAUCCUCUUUUGUGGGACAGCUUUUCGGGCAGCACCCGGAUGUGUUCUACCUGAUGGAGCCUGCCUGGCACGUGUGGAUGACUUUCACCAGCAGCACGGCCUGGAAGCUGCAUAUGGCUGUGCGGGAUCUUCUGCGUUCUGUCUUCCUGUGUGACAUGAGCGUCUUUGAUGCCUACAUGAACCCAGGCCCCCGGAAACAGUCUAGCCUCUUCCAGUGGGAGCAAAGCCGGGCCCUGUGCUCGGUGCCUGUGUGUGACUUCUUCCCUGCCCACGAGAUCAGCUCGCCCAAGCACUGCAAGCUGCUCUGCGGUCAGCAGCCCUUUGAUAUGGUGGAGAAGGCCUGCCGCUCUCACGACUUUGUGGUACUCAAGGAGGUGCGUUUUCUCAGCCUGCAGGCCCUCUAUCCACUGCUCACAGACCCUUCCCUCAACCUGUACGUCGUGCACCUGGUCCGAGACCCCCGGGCCGUGUUCCGAUCCCGGGAACACACCACCACAGAACUCAUGGUUGACAGUCAUAUUGUGCUAGGGCAGCAUUUGAAAUCGAUCAAGGAGGAAGACCAGCCCUAUUAUGCCAUGAAGAUCAUCUGCAAAAGCCAGGUGGACAUAGUCAAGGCCAUCCAAACCCUCCCUGAAGCUCUGCAGCAGCGCUACCUGUUCCUGAGGUAUGAGGACCUGGUUCGGGCACCCCUGGCCCAGACGACCAGACUAUAUAAAUUUGUGGGGUUGGAUUUUUUGCCCCACCUCCAAACAUGGGUUCACAAUGUCACCCGCGGCAAGGGCAUGGGUCAGCAUGCCUUCCAUACUAACGCCAGGAACGCCCUCAACGUCUCUCAGGCGUGGCGUUGGUCCUUACCUUACGAAAAGGUUUCCCAGCUUCAAGAUGCCUGUGGUGAGGCUAUGGAUUUGCUGGGAUACCUCCAGGUCAGAUCUCAACAAGAACAAGGCAACCUGUCCCUGGAUCUUCUGUCCUCCUCCCAUAUCUUGGGGCAGGUCUUCUGA